UUUCCGUUUACCUCUUGCAGUGGAACGGAGUGAGGGCUGCUGCAGAUACAUCCCACCGCUCGGCUCAAUCUGAAACGGGAAUCACGUUAGUUUAAAAAAACAGAUUUGACCACCGAUUUCGAACCUCUUUAAAAUCUACCAUUUAAAACAUCUUCUCAUUGCUCAACCAGAAUUUUUUGUUUAAUAUUUUUUGGCGUCUCGGUUUUGUUGCUUCAUCUGCAUCAUCGGACUAUACCUUCUGAACCUCCAGCAGAGACACCAUGAACACUAGCCUACAGCUCCCUGUGGAUUAGGACCAGGUAAAAAUCAUUUUCCACAUGUUGGGUGUGUGAAACAUGUGCUACUGCUGCUGCUUUCCGUCAGUGGGUGUGUCGGCUCCCAUCUGCACGGCCGGCAUCACACCUCCCUUCCUUCCUUUUGUCUACAUUUGGUGCAUUUGUACAGUCUGUAAAAUAAAUAAAUAAUGUACCAAAGUAAGGCUAAAGUCACGCUGCUCUCAGGGCUGAUCACUCCAGCUCUUUCAAAGCAGCAAGCAAGAAAAUCAGCAACAAAGAAGUGUUUCAAAGCCCCAGUAUUCCAUCUUUAGCUCUAGAUCUUACAAAUCUUACGAAUCUUACAAAUUAUUUCACACAUUAAACACCACUUGUCAUCUGUACCUGCUGUUUGACAAAACUCAGGAUUUCAAAUUGUAAAAUGUCAUAUUCAUGUUAAGUUUAGACUUAGCGCUAAAAUAAGGGAUGAAAAAAAGAAGCAGAUAGUUGUGAGACUGAGACUGCUCCAUGGCUGGUCUGUGUGUGUGUGUGUGUGUGUGUGUGUGUGUGUGUGUGUGUGUGUGUGUGUGUGUGUGUGUGUGUGUGUGUGCGCGCGCGUGUGAUUGAGAAAUGAUUGUUCUCUAAAAACAAAAGAAAUGAAGAUCUGUUUCAUCUCCUUGUGCUAAAAAAAGAUCUUAUAAUGCUGCAGUUUUUAGCUUAAAGUUUAACCUCCUUUAGAUCUUUCUUGGAGCUCAUCAUGCUGCUGAUGGUCAUGAUGGCCUGUAAAUGUGAGUAAGAUAGUCAGAUGAAGACGUUGGUGCUUCAACGUCAGGCCAGGUCUGAGUUUUUUGCAUUGCAGCAGUGACCAGGAAAAGAGGAAAAUUACAGGUAAGGUAAAAUUAGCAUAAGUUCUGGGUAGGCUGAAUUUGAAAUCCUUGAAUGGAAACUCUGUGUAUCAUUUCAGGAUUGGCACACGUUAAAAAGAGGGCUGAAGUCUGACUUAACUGAAUUAGGAACCACAAAUCUCAGGUUAGAUGGUAAUGAUCCUCAACCCCCAUUCAGAACAUCGUUAGACCCGUGCAGCAUUAUUGCUGCUCAGCUAAGAUGUACUUUUGAUUUCAGGCUGAUCUUCAUUUUAAGUAGCUUUUUCCUUUUUUAAAGUUUUAACAAAAACCUUUGACUAAAAUAUGGAACAGUUCACAAGACUGGUUUCAACAUAUUUUUUUUUUUUUACAGUCAGUGAUAUCGCUCUUUCUAAGAAUGUUUUCUAGACCUAACAGACCUCUGACCCGCUCAUUUUUUGGGUUUGAAAUAGGUAUUAGUGGGGAUACAUAAUGCUAUGCUAUCAUCAACUGGUUCACUAAAGCUCAAAGCCUGGAUAAUCACAAAAAACAAAAAAUCAUAUUGAUGCUUUUCUAAGACAUACAAAAGAAAACAAAACCAGUCGUUAACAAAAAGGACUGUUUUCUACUGCAAGUUUUUACACCUGAAACUGAGGCAUUCCUGUUUUUACAGUCUAUGAAAAACAAACAUUAAAUGAUAUAUCGGACUGUUAAAAGUCAGAUAUUUAUUCUUUUGUCCAAAAAAUGCUUCUAAAGCAUGUAGACAAGUUUUAAAAGAGAAAAACUGGAUUUAAGAAUUACAACUGACAAAAACAUUUAAUCUUAAUCUAGUAAUAUUAAAUCAGAAACGGGAAAAAAUAAUCACAGACUUGUGGCUAAUUUUCUUCUACAUCAUACCAGAUUUGAGUAAAAAUCAAAUUUACUGGAAAAUGAAUAUCUCCCUGUGAGUGAUGACAAUAACAAUAAAUGUGUUGCUGAUAGUUUCCUCAAUCAAGAUCCAGACUUUCCGAUUUUCAGUUCAAAUUAUAUAUAUAUAUAUAUAUUUUUCAAAUUAAGUAAUCUUUUGGUUUUAAUCUUGCUCAAUUAAAAAAAGCUUAAAAAUUGGUCUCAUGUCUACAAAAAUAAACAAAGGACAGUUACAGCUGUAAAGAUUUGAAUAUGAAGCAUAAAGUAAUAUUGCACAUUAUAUUGAAAUGUAUGGCAGUAAAGUAAGUGCAGGACCAACAUGUUUUGAAUGAACUGUUAGAAGUAUGCAAAAGGACCUCAGAAAUGUUGCUGCAGAGUCACGCACAGAAAACAGAAUCAUUUGCGCUCUCACUCUAAAAGAUCUUAAACUUGAGAGAAACUAAACUCUUCGUUGAUCAUAACAGCCAAUUAUUUCUAUUAAGACAGCAGUUUGGUAUCAUAUAAAACCCUCUUUACUGUAAAAAUGAUGGUUACUUUUUGCUGUGUUUGAAGAAAUCAAUGCUGCACUGGCACGUGCAGUAUCACAGCCCCUGUGUGCAGGACUCUGCUGCUGUGUGACGACUCCUGAAUAUAAAUACACUCUCAGCGGCCACUUCAUCAAGCACACAAUGAACCAGCCACUAAUUCUUCCUUAACAAGCAAGUUUUUGUGGACAUGGUUAAAGAGGUGUUUGUCUUCAUGGAUCAGGUUGUAUUUGAGGUUGAUGUUGAAAGCUGAUUGAUUUAAGACUUUUCCCCAUAAAAACUGUAAAGUAGCCUAUUGAAUUCAAAGCAGAGUUGUAUCAUUGGAUCACAUGGGAUUUUACAUGUUGUCUUAUGAGAUAUCUGGUUUGUGACUAUCAGACUGAAGACUCAGGCUGUGUCUCAUUUCAGAGACCGCAUCGACCUAAGUGCCCUUCUGCACCGUCGAACGGCGCAUUUGAAGCGUGCAUGACGUCACGACGGUGCGAACGGUGUCCCAUUUGGCACGAGAUGCUAAAAAAUGCUAAGCGCGCUUAGCAUGUUUUCAAGCGUGCAUUUAUGCACGCUUUCGUGCCGUCGGUAUCCCAGAAUGCUUUGCGUGCCACUGCACAGGUGCACCAGAGCAAUAGAUUAAAACAACAACAAACAAAGCAAUGUUUUAAUCUACUGCUCUGAGGUGCACCGUUCGGGUGAGACAACAGACAAGCAUAAAAGCGCACCUGCACACAUCAAGGAUGUUUGAAACAUGGCAGGCAAAGCCGGCGGCCCCGCCUUUACAUGUAAGUACUGGAUUUAAUUUCAUGUCAACAGGUGAAGCAAAGCCUUUAAAGGACAUUGUGAACAUUUCUAAAUGUUUGUAAAAGAUGAUUAGAUGGUUGCAGGUGAUGCCCGAGUGUGUUAAAUCAGCCCUUUUGCCCUGUUGAAGCUAUGCAGGCAACGCAUAUGCCGACUGUUUCAAAUUGUAGUGUUGGUACUUGACAUCCACUUCAAUUCCCAGGUGUAAGGUACUGCCAGGGGAUGACGUAAAUGUGUAUGGGGCAAAUAUGCUGCAAACUAGAUGCUGCAAGUACAGUGCAGAAACAUGAACAACUCAGGUCUAAAUCACUGUGGUGUGUGUUACAGCACUGUUUAUGUCAUACCAGAAUCUGACAUGUAGCCUAUGUUUGUUUUUUUUGUUCGUUUGUAUUUGCACUACAUAUAGAGCACAUUGCAACCUUGUUUAGAAAAUUGCUGUAAAAGUAAUGAUGUUAUUAGAGUUAUUAUUAAUAUUUAGAAAAACCCUUACAGUUUUGAGGGUUUUGCUAACAGUUUUUUGCUAACUGCUUUAUCAGCAGUGAGCCCUGAUAAAGAAGGAGUAAAGGUCAAACCUCUUUAUGAAGUGCACAAUGGCCAUCCAUCAGCCUGGACAAUUGAUCUGACAUGCAUGUGUGGAUUCAAAAUACAAAUGUUGGCACUGUGUGCCUGCAUUGUUAUCCAUUCAGAUACACACUUGGAAUAAGUCACACAUUAAAAGGUUCACACUUAUGUUUUUGCAGGGACAAGAGAGAUAAGUGAAAAAUUCAUCCGGCUCCGGGGGGAGAGGGAGCACCUCUUCACCGGAGCCAGAAAUUCCGCUGCUGCUGGAUGGCGGUAAGGAACACCAAAUGCUCAAGAAGUUAUAUCUGCCCGUAGUAUGUUACAUUAUAGGUCAUGUGACUGAUUAUGAAUCUUGUUAUGAACUCUUGUAUGAAUUAUGAACACUUGUGUGUGAAUGUGACAUAUAUAUUAACCUUUUGUCUCACUUCUCUUUGUGACAAGAGCUGUACUGACAGAGCUGCGGAUCCUGGGCCAAGUCACACCCCUCCAAGCUAAGCGGAAGUGGGAAAAUCUGAAAAGAAAAUAUAAAGUAUGUGAAGGUUUUUAUGAUGCUGCUUAACAUUGAACAUUGGGUCAUGAAGAAUGUGUUGGUUUCCCCCCCUGCAAGUUAUUAAACAGUUUUUCUUUUUCUCAGGAUUGCAAAGAGCCUCCCACAGGGGCUGGGGCAGGGGGAGCAGUGAAAGCUGCCACUUGGCCCUUGUUCAUCCUCAUGGAUGAGAUGCUGGGGCAGAGGCCAUCAAUAAAACCCCCAGUACUGAUUGCCUCACUUCCAGAGGAUGAACCAGGGCCAAGUGGCACUGCACCUGCCAGGCAGCAGCAGCAGGAGGAGGAGGAGGAGGAGGAGAAGGAAGAGGAAGAAGAAGAAGAAGAAGAAGAGGAGGAAGAAGAAGAGGAGGAGGAGGAGGAGGAAGAGGAAGAAGAAGAGGAAGAAGAAGAAGACGAGGAGGAGGAGGAGGAGGAGGAGGACGACGACGAUGAUGAUGAAGUGCAACCUCGCCCAAGGGGGAGGAAAAGGAAGAGGAGGCCAGCAUCUGAUCCGCUCCUGGCUCUGAUAAAACAGGACAUUCAAAACCAGCAACAAGCUGAGGCCAGAAGCCAGGAGCGGAUGGACCGGAUGCUGGCCUUACUAGAAAAAAUGGUGGACCGUAAUUGAUUUGUUUUUGUUUAUGUUACUAUUAUAUUCACUCUUAUUUCAGGAAUUUUUAAUUUGAAUGGACAUUUUGUAUUUUUUUACAUUAAUAAUGGCAUUUAAUUUAUUAAAGAAUUCUAUGUUGCUUACACCGUCUCCAGUCUAUUCAUUUAUCCCUCCUCAAGCUGUUUUGGCAACAGGGUGGCCAGACAGCAUCCAGUGCAUCCGUAACGGAAUUACAAAUAAUGUUUAGUGAUUUCACUUGCCAUGCCUCGCAUUGGGUUCUUUUAUUAAGGAUGAUUAGUACUGAUGUUCAGAUUCCCUGCAGCCCUCAAAUGCAACACCCCUGGGGAUUUGGGAAGUGAACCCAGGUAUGCAGCAACAGUUGUCCUGCGCUGCUUGCCUGGUAAGUCCACAUGUUGUGAUGUCCGUAAUUAUUUGUUUUAAUUAUCUUUAAAGUUCCAUAUUUAAGAGGGUACUUAUGUCGUAAUUUUAUGCUUGCAGUGAAAGAGCGGCCGCAUGUCUUGUGUAAGACCUGACUGUGUUAAUAUCUGCCAGAUGCUGAAUAAGCGGCAGGUGCCAACCACAGAAGUACGGUUUCCCUCCUGAAAUAAUUACACAACGCAAGUACGACCGCUACACAUCCUCGCAUAAUAAAGAUUUCAGAGUUUUUAUUUUUGAGUUAUAUCUUUUUAUUAAAAGGUGAGGAAAAUGAAAAUGGAAUAAAAUACUGAGGUCAACAACAUACAAACUGGAAAAGCACUCGGAGAGCGCAGACCUCAACCAAGCAGCUCAUGUCCCCCCUUAUAUUGUGAUUCACACCAAAACUUUUACUGUUACUGUUUAACCGCUCUGAAGAGUACCUUGCCGUCUCCUCGCUUUUCAUUAUCCUUAGGGUGGUCCCUAGUUACAAAACGCUGCAUACACUAAAGGGUGGGGAAACAAUCUGCAGCAGCGUAAGCACUUUCAUAACACAUAAUUAUACUAGAGUAAGCAUGUGCAGACUUCUUCUGUAGAUGUCAAGAUGACCGCUGACAUUUCAGUCUCCUUUGUGGUGGUUAACUGUUCACAGCGGAGACAGGUACCCAUCUGCUUAUCUGCUUACUGGAAGAAGGCAAGCUCAGAGAUGUAAGAAAAACACACAAGUGUCUGCUCAUGUGUUAAGAAGCAAAAGGUAAAGGCAUUUAAAGCUACUGAUAAUUUCUAUAAACUUUUAUACACAUUACUCUAACAAUCCAGAAGGCGAUCCGGAUCACCACCAAAAUGUAAUGGGAUCCUCCUGGGGCUGAGACGCACCUUUGGUGAAAAUUUCAGGUCAAUCCGUCUGUAACUUUCUCCGUAAAGUUGCUAACAGACAAACAAAUAAACAAACCAACGCUACCAAAAACAUAACCUCCUUGGCGGAUUUAAACAUUGGCAAAACGCUAACUCAAACAGGCACCACUGUAUAAACAGAACUUAACAAACUCAGGACAUUUGGGCUAUUGCCUGCCCUCCCAUGGUGCCUCCUCCAGGCUGAGCAGGAGUCUCUGGCAGUGCUGCUGGGCUGGAUGGGACACCACAAUAGAGACUCUGGUGUCUGCUGGCAGUGGGACAUCAUGUGGGUGGUCUGGGUGUUUUGGAUGCAUGUCUCCACUGUCCUCCACAUCGUCCGGAUUUGCAGGGCUGGUUCGACGGCUGCCAUGCCUGUUUUAAAGAGAGAAACAAUAGUAGGCUAACAGAGUCCAACAAUUUUUAAGUCGCAUCUUCUGAGGUCUAAAAAUCUGAUCAGUAACCAACAAACAUUCUGUGGCACACAGAGGAGAAACUUUAGAUGAAUUGUACUUGCCGAUUACAGGUAGACGUGGUCGUGGUCUACCUCCUCCAGGGCCGACACCUCUGCGGACAAUCUGUCCCGCCAGCGGGCACCACUGACUGCCUCCAGCCUGUCCUCCACCUCAUCCCCCGGCAUGCCGUCCUGCACAUCUUCCUCUGGUGCCAAGGUGUCACCGGCACCCAGGCAGAUAUUGUGCAGGACGGCACAAGCGGUGAUGACCUGAAUUUUAGAGGAAUAUUUAUAUGAACAUAAAGUAUAUAGACCUUUAAUAAAUAAAAAAAAUAUAACAAUAUAAGUAUAAUAAUAUAUAAUAAGUUUUCGUGUUUUUAUUUAAUUAAUUAAUUAAUAUAUAUUCAAGUAUAACAAAAAUAUUGUGUGCAGGGAUGACGUACCUGUGGCACGAAGGUGUGGCGGAUCUCCAGCGCUUUGAAAAAGAUGGCACGAAAUCGGGUCUUCAUCAUGCCAAAGGCACGCUCAAUUAUAGAGCGUGCCCUGGCAUGAUGCCCGUUAAAGCGCUGGGCCGCCACACCUCGCACCUGCAGCCUGUAGGGAGUGAUGAGGGGGAGUGGGUGCUGGAGGCACGGGUACCCGCUGUCUGCCAGAAUGAAAGGCCCUGGAGGAGGGUAGAUGUUCUGCCUGUACAGUGGGCUGUGCCGGAGUAUCCUUGCGUCAUGCACAGACCCCGGCCAGCCCACGUAGGUGUCAAUAAAGCGGCCCUGAUGGUCACAGACUGCUUGCAUGAUGAUUGAUGCAAACAGUUUUCUGUUGAUGUAGCAGUGACCAUCAGGACCGCUUGGUGGCAUAAUUCUGACAUGGCAGCCGUCGAUUGCACCGGCAGCUUUGAGAAAAGCGCGGUGCCUAGCCAGCCCUGCAAACCCCCGAGUUACGGCCGCCAGGUCGUCAGCGGACCUCGGGAGGUAGAUGACUCUGUGGCGAAUGGCCACUACCUCCUCCGUAACUCGGUGGACGAUGCGGUGGACAGUGGAGCGGGGCAUCACAAACACCCUUGAGACCACCCGAUAUGAUGUCCCACUGGCCAGCAAAAAGAGGAGAACCAAAGUCUCUAUUGUGGCGCCCCAUCCAUGCCUCCGGUCCUGAUGGAGGAGGUCCAGCAGCACUGCCAGGGACUCUCUGCUCAGCCUGAAGUCCUCCCUGGUGUCGUCGCCGGCGAAAAACCGUUGGAGGACCGGAACCCCCGUAUGUAGCCUGCAGUUCAGGGGUCCGGUCUGCAUGCGUUAGGAACAAAGCAGGAGAAAGAACGGUCAUGGCAUGGAUGUCGCUUGCAAUGAUUGUGAAUUGUGCAGGUUAAUGUCUCAUGUACUAACAGCCAAUGUUGGCUUUUCAGCUGAUGUUAGUAAACGAAAUAAUAUUUUUUGACACCUAUGAAGAUUUCCAUGACAUGCACUGUUGUGAAUUAAAGGGGGAAUUCACGUGAUACACAGGGAGUGACAAUGGCACAACUAUCGUGUGGCUGAUGAAUGCCAGAUAAAAUAACAGGUUUACCUCUCCACUUUCGGCACGCAUUCUCAAGAAAAAGUACACAAGGCGCCUCCGUCGCCGCCUUGCUCGGCGGCGCAGCGUCACAUCUUGAUUUAAGGCAAAAGCCAUUUGCCACAUGGUUGCGACUUCCAUUGUUGUCACCUGUGCUUGUUUACACCUGCACCUUCUGCGAUCGGCGGCCUUUAUUCAAGUCAGCCGUGACCCGGGCCUGCGGGCGGGGACAUUUGGCGACCCAACCAGAGGGGUGAGAUGGUCUGUCAGGCUCGCGUCACGACUGACUUAAAGGAAACCCGCGGAACGCAGCAUUUAUUUUUUAAUUGUGCGACCUUGCACAGACACAAAAUAGUAGAUACAUACAAGCACAGAUCAUUCCCACAAAAUUCAUCCAAUGAUUGUUUUGUAUGAAGGACUAUGAGGGCCAUAUUGAGAUUGUUUUUUUAAGACUUCGAGAUUUAAGUCGUGAAUUUAUGAGAAUAAAGUCGUAACCUGUUAUUUCAGAGGAGACUUGUUAAAGUUAGGGCCAUGAAGCAUUUGAAGGAACUGUGCUUCAGUAUAGGUUUCACAAACAAGGAGAUACUUCAUCCUUUGGCACAUCAGCAUCACAUUGUCAUAAGUAUAAAGACUUCAAAAAAAGAAUAUAUGAGAAAUACGUCUUUUCCAAGGGGAAAAAAAACAGGUGUACUAGAAGGAAAUUGCUGCUUUUGUGGAGGCAGAAAUGAAUAUGCUGAGGAUAUAUCUGUCAAUGCAGCCGUAAAUAUCGGUGAAUGACAUUGAGCUUUAGUUUAUGAUAUGAAUCCAUCUGCCAUAAUAAGGUGUUGGUGUCUCUGCUGGUGUAGGUUACCGCCGGUGUCAGAGACGUGGUGCUCGUCUGAGCUCGACUCCCUCUGGAUCACAAAUGUUGAUCAUCAUCAGUUUGAUUGUUUCUUCAGAAACCACAAAAUCUAUCUGAAUGACCCACUGAUACAUCCACCGAUAACCCUGCAGAUGACCAGCUUCAGUCAUUUCCCCCUCCACAAAAGCAGCUUUAUGACUGUAUAUACUUUAUGACUUUAUUCUCCUAAAUUUACAACUUUAAUCUCUAAAUCUUAAAAGAAAAAAAAAACAAAACUCAAUGUUGUCCUGAUACUCUGCUGUAGUUUUGUCAGCUUUCUCAUUUCUAAUGUUUUUGAUAGUUGUAACACAGCGGAUCAGUUCGUCUCUAAAUCUAUGGUUUGGUUUACAGAUUUUAGUGAGUUCAGAGAUCAUGCUCUCAUACAGCCUGAGCUGACUGUCUGCUGUUUUUGGAUUGCUUGUAUUUUCUUCGAAGACCCGCUGUGUCUCCAAGCGAGUCCAGCCUCUCACCUGAAAUGCACAGCUGUGCAGUGGCACGCAAAGAAUUCUGGGAUACCGACGGCACGAAAGCGUGCAUACAUGCACGCUUGAAAAAGAGGCGGGGGUAGUGUGGUUUUGAGACCGAAUUUGAAGCGCGCUUAGUAUUUUGUGCCAAACGGGACACCGUUCGUGCCGCGUGGUGACCUCACGUACGCGUCAGAUGCGCCGUUCGAUGGCUGCUGUAUCUGAAAUGGGACACAGGAAGGGCACAGAACGGCGCAAAACGGCUCAAAACGGCAGUGCACUCAGCUAAGCGCCGUUAAGUGCGCUUAUCACGAUGCGGUCUCUGAAAUGAGACACAGCCUCAGAUUGGGUAGUUUAGGACUUGGCUUGGAGGAUGAUCAGUUUAAGUGUCAGAUACCCUAAAAGGUGGGGAAGGCAGGAUUCUGUUAAAGAAGCAUCUUUUUUGGUGGUGCAUAUACAAAAAAGCUGUUGAAUAUCAGUCAAUAGCCAUUAGUCACUGAUGACAUUUGGUAAUUUAACAAUAUCACUGAGUUUUGUAAUGUCUAUGUAGUCAACAUUUUACAUUUUAUGAGCGUCCCACUCUUUCAGACUGCAAAAAAAUGUCUGAAUCCUCCUUUGGCCACGACUGCCAACACAAGCUUUUUACUGUCACAUUGACUGGGCCCCAUUUGUAAUCAUCUGAAGUAUUUAUCUGCAUUAUAUCUGAAUUUAAUUGAAAGGAUACGAGCGAGCAGGAGCGUCUGUUUGUGGGUGGGGCUUGCUGGAGCAGAGAGGGAGGAGAGAGGAGGAGCUGAGGGGAAAACUUGUUGGGAGGGGUAGUGUUUUCAAGAUUUCUCCCCAAAACUGGUACUUCCUCAAAUCCUCCCUACCCCACCUUUAAGCAAAGCACUGAAUCCCCAAGUGCUCAUCCAUUUGCAAGCCCCCCUCAGUCUGACAUCUCUCAAUGUUAUGGAUUCCGAUAGAAAAGUUGAAUUUCCUCACAGAAUAUGUUUGCCAACAGGAGUGUCUGCAUUUUUGCUUUUUUUUUUUUUGUAGCAGUGUCAGCAUUCAACAAGAAAAAAAUUGAUUUUACACCUAAAACAAAUCUGAGAAGGCUAAAAUCAACCUCUGCAAUAUGCAGCAUCACUUUCAUGUUUUCCUUGCUGGCAAUGUCACUAAGUAUAACACUCCUGUACUGUGUUAAAGAAGACAAUCUUGCUCCUCCUGCACUACAUUUAAGAGAAUAUCCACCUGUUAAAAGUUUUACAUUUAUCUGACAGUUUCAGAGAAAUUCACUGUGAAGGUUGCACAUAAAAUUAAGAGUUUAAAAAAUAAAAUGUUUGAUCCAAACUUCAACUGUAAAAUCUCAUUAAUACAUCAUUAUCUUUCUGCUGUCAAUACUUCUACAAUAAUUUAAUACUUGUUUACUUGAACAAUUUUAAUGUAUUACUUUAACAUAUACCUGCAUAUUAAUGCAUCCAAAGUGCUUUGAGGCCCUUUUGAAAGAUUACUGUUUUGUUUCAAGACACUAAUGCUGAAAUUCAGAUGGAAUUUGAGGACGAGUCCAACUCACUCUCUGAACUCCAUCUUUGCAGUUGCCCAGAAGUUCUUUGGUACAAAAGCCUCAGAAAUAAAAGAAAAGUUAUAAAAUACAAAAAAAAAAAAAAUCAUGGAAUUAAAAACAGUUAAAAAUACAAAAACAUUUCAUUAAAUGAAAAAACAGUUAUACAUUACAAUAAUCUGUAAUUAAAUAAAAAUAUUAAAAACAAACCCAUUUCAUUAGAGGAAAAACAGUUAUAAGGUACAAAACAUUUCAUUAAAUGAUAAACUGUUAUAAAAUAAAAUAAAAAAUCUGUAUUUAAAUAAAAAAUAUAUAUAAUACAAAAACAUUUCUACUAUGCAAAAAGGUAACAAAAUACAAAAACACUUAUUAAAUGAAAAAUGUGUCAAAUACAAAAACAUUUUAUCAAAUGGAUUAAAAGUAAUCAAACUACAAAAAAAUUCAUGAAAAAAACUGUUAUAAAAUAAUGAAACAUUUUAUCAAAUGAAUUAAAACUAAUAAAAUACAAAAAACAUUUCAUUAUAAAACAGUUAUAAAAUACAAUAACCUGAAAUUAAAUAAUACAAUUCUAAAAUACAAAAAACAUUUGACCAAAAAACAGUUAUUAAAUACAAUAACCUGGAAUUAAAUAAAUAAUUUAUAAAAUACAAAGGCAUUUCUUCAAAUGCAAAAAAGUCAUAAACCCAGAAAGCUUCAGAAUUGGAUUGCAGAUAAAAUAAAUCAAUUUUAGUACACACAUUUUUUGGAACACACCACAUGCCAAAACUAAUUAUUUAGAGUCCAUUGAACAAAAAAAAAGAGAAACAUAUUUUUACAUUUUCCAAAUGUAUUUGAAUAUCCACUUAAAUAUCCCUUUUCCUGUGGUUUAGUUGUUUGUAAAGUUAUUUUGUUAUAUUGUGUAAUGUUUUUACAACUCAUUUGUGCAUAUUUCAAAAAUACUUGUUUUUUCUAAACUAUCUUCAAAUGAUGCGCUUGAACCGAGAGGUUGCUGCAAGUCUGGUCUCUCUGUAUUAUCUGUAAUUUUUGUAGUUUUUGCUAGAUUUUUUAAAAUAUUUUUGUUGUCAUUUUGUUGACUUCUGAUGAAUACUUCUGCUGGGCGAAGAGUUUACUCAAGAGAAGAGCUCCUUACAUUAAGGCAAAUCAAAUCUGGCUAACAACAUACAAUUCCAGAGGACAGCAGGAGGUGUUAUCGUGGUUACCGUGCUGGUGCAAAGGUGAAGGCAAAGCUGAAUGCUAGGAGGUGGUGAUAUAAACCUUCUCUUCCACCAAUCAUCAUGGGAAACGUCAACUCUCUGCCCAACAAAAGUAAUGAGCUGGAGAUAUUGGUGAAGACUGAGAAAGCAUACCAUGAGUACAGUUUCCUGUGUUUUACUGAAACCUGGUUGAAUCAAAAAGACUCAGACUUUAGAGUGGAUCUACCUGGCUUUACUCUCAUAAGGUCAGACAGAGAUGCUCAAGCUGGUGGCAAGAAGAAAGGAGGAGGUCUGGCUUUAUUUGUCAACCAGAGAUGGUGUAACCCUUCACACAUAACUGUCAAGGAGAAGUUGUGUUGUCCAGAUAUUAAACUGUUGGCAGUUGCUCUUCGGCCAUAUUAUGUUCCAAGAGAAUUAAGUCAUAUCAUAACAGUAGUUUCUUACAUCCCAACCAAAUCAACUGAAAAAAAUUCCACGCGAUGUUUUGCAAAAUAGUGUUGCCAGGCUACAGACUCAGUACCAGGAGGCACUAAUAAUAAUAUCAGGUGACUUCACCCAUGUAACCCUCUCCCCUCACCUGACUGGAUUCACACAGCUUGUGAACUGUCCUACCAGAGAAAACAAAACCCUGGAUCUGCUGUAUGCCAACGUCAAAGAAGCCUACAGAGCCACUGCCUUACCACCACUGGGCAAGUCAGAUCAUAACUUAAUCUAUCUGCAAACCUGUUACAGACCUUGUGUACCGAGGCAGCCUGUGACCAAAGUCAAAAUCAGCAGAUGGACCCCUCAAGCCAGUGAAGCUCUAAGGGACUGCUUUAAAUCAACAGACUGGAAUUUGCUGCUGGAAACAGAUGUGGAUAGUAUGAACAUUGACAAACAGGUUGACUGCUUUACUGAAUAUAUCAACUUCUGUAGAGACACAGUUAUACCCACAAAAACUGGUUACUGUUUCCCCAGCAACAAACCUGGGAUCACAAGAGACAUAAAAGCAAUCCUCAACCAGAAAAAGAAAGCUUUAAAAGAUGGUGACAAAGAACAACUCAAACAAGUGCAACAAGAGUUGAAGAGGAGACUGAAGAUGGCAAAGCUGGAGUACAAAAAGAAGAUGGAGAAGAAUCUACAACAAAGCAACAUCCGUGAAGUGUGGAGAGGAAUCAGUACCAUCUCUGGACACAGCAAUAAAAAGAAAAGACAGCCAGUGGUGGGUGAUCUGAAAAGAGCUGAUGAACUCAACCUGUUCUUCAACAGAUUUGACACUGCUGUCACACCCACUUCCACUGCUACUCCAUCUUCCUCUCCGCAACAAAUCUCCACUACAACUUCUCCCCAUCCUCCUUCAUCUCGUUGAAAUGUCUCAACCACUUCAACUGCCUCCCUCCUAGAACACCAGUCCUUGUCUGUCACAGAAACAGGGGUGAGGAUGGAGCUUGGAAGACCCUGUCCUGGGAAGGCGGCUGGUCCAGAUGGUGUGUGUCCAAGGCUGCUCAGAGACUGUGCUGCAGAACUGUGUCAACCUCUCCACAGGAUCUUCAACCUGAGUCUACAGCUGGGGCAGGUACCUACUCUGUGGAAAACAUCCUGCAUUGUGCCAGUACCAAAAAACAAAAUGUCCUGCUGAACUCAAUGACUACAGACCAGUGGCCCUCACUUCACACAUCAUGAAAACCCUGGAGCGGCUGAUUCUACGCCUUCUGAGGUCUGGGGUCAAAGACAAACUGGACUCCCUGCAGUUUGGGUACAAAGAACACAUUGGAGUGGAUGAUGCUGUCCUCUACAUGCUUCACCGUGCCUGUCUCAUCUGGAGGAACCUGGGGUUUAUGUGAGGAUCAUAUUCUUUGACUUUUCAAAUCCAUUCAACACCAUCCAACCCACCAUACUCAAAGACAAGCUUACGGGAUGGGAGUGGAUCCUGUCUGUGUUUCCUGGAUCACAGAUUACCUGACAGGAAGGCCACAGUUUGUCAGGCUGGGGAACUGUGUUUCUGGGACAUUAAUGAGCAGUACAGGGACUCCACAAGGGACAGUGCUGGUGCCAUUCCUGUUCACACUGUAUAAGUCAGACUUCAAAUACAGCACUGAGUCCUGCCACAUCCAGAAAUACUCAGAUAACACUGCUAUUGUGGCAUAUAUCAGAAAUGGACAAGAAGCUAAAUACAGGGAUCUGAUAAGAGCCUUCAGUGACUGGAGUCACAAAAACCUUCUCCUCCUCAACACCUCAAAGACAAAAGAGAUGGUCAUAGACUUCCGUAGAUCCAGACCCCCUCUUCAGCCAGUGAACACCUGUGGAGUGAACAUCAUAUAAAUACCUAGGUGUACAUCUGGAUAAUAAGUUGGACUGGUCUAAGACUAUAGACUUCAUCUACAGAAAGGAGCAGAGCUACCUCUUUUGCCUGAGAAGACUCCGAUCAAUAGACAUCAGUAGUAAGAUGCUGCAGAUGUUUUAUCAGUUUGUGGUGGCAAGUGUUCUGUUCUACGCUGCAGACUGCUGGGGAGGAAGCAUCAAACACAAAGAUGCAAGACGUCAGAAUAAACUGGUGAAAAAGGCUGGCUCUGUGGUUGAACUCAAGCUGGACUCACUGGAGGAUGUGGUGGAGAGAUCUACACUGAAGGUGAACGCUAUUCUAAAGAACAUGGAUCACCCACUUCAUAACACCUUGAUGGAGCAAAGGGUCAAUGGUGGUGGACGGAUCCUCUCUCUUCGCUGCAGGACAUAAAGAUUCAGAAGAUCUUUUGUACCAACAGCCAUCAGACUUUGUAAUUCUUGUGUAAAUAGUAGAUAACUUUUAGAGACAUGUCAAGUGAGACAAUAGACAACAGGGGAUUAAUAAAGUUCUUCUUAUUCUAAAGGUCCUUUUACACUGGGACGGUGUUUUUUAUGCUAUUAUUUCAGACGUCCAUACUUUUUUCCAAACCCGUAUCCUGUCAAUACAAGCGUUCACAUCAGCGACGUUUUCCUGUCCUGCGAUAUUACGGCAUUUAUUUUUUCGCAUCACGGUUGAUUUUUCUAAAGUUUCGCAUACUGUUUGUCUACUUCUGACCAAUCAGAUUGCACAUUAUGCAAUGUAAGAUUCACCGGUAUAUCCAACAUGGCCGACCGGCUGAUUGUUUAUGUGUCAGAGAACAGAGUUCCUAUUUGAUAAAAAACACACAUAUCAAAGAUAACGACCUGAAGGACAACUUGUGGCGAGUCAUAGUGUCAGAUCUCUCAUAUGACAAUGGUUUGUGUGCUUUAACAGUUUGCUAAACGUCUUUGUUUUAACUUUCAUCUAUGCUAAGUAACUUUAUCUCUGUUCAGAUACGACAUACCAUAUCUCAAACUCAAUUGCGUUGCUGUCAUUGGGUCUCAGUUGUUACCUUACGUUUAUAUGUUAUAGUUUAAUGUGCUUAUCUGGUACUGGCCCCAACUCAGUUCAUGCUAUCAUGACAGACAGCCAUCUCAACAUUAGUGCCUAAUCAGAACUGAAAAACAGUCAGUCUGGUGUUGUGUCAGUCUUCUCGCUUCCAUCCAGAACGCGUCUUUUUUUCCCCCAGGAAAGUCGCAAAAUAGCAUCACGCUUGAUGUGUAUAGUCAGGCACGUCAAAAUUUGCCUCCGAAUAUUUAGUAAUUUUGCGUGGUAUAUUUGUGUCAUUCCCAGUAUGUAAGGACCUUUAUUCUUAUUCUUUAUUCUUAUUCUUAUGUUUUAGUGCAUUUCAUGGAACUCUUUCAUGAUUCUGUUUCAUGUUUUCUGAAAUAGUUAUGUAUUGCCUUUAUGAAAUAAAUAUGCUGUUAACCUUCACAGUCACCUUUAAUCACAGUAAAAAAUUAACAGCUGCAUUUGUAGGUCAUGGUAACUAUCCAUUGAAUGGUAUGCUAACACCAGCCAGCAAAAAAAGCUGUACUCUGCUUCAUCAUCAGUUACUGUAAAUGCUCAUAUAUUAAAUAGAAUUAGACUCAUUUUCCCAAAGACCUCUAUGAAAUCACAUUGUUUUACAGCAACUCCUGAUGGCCAAUAGAAAAAAAGCAGGUUUUUGUAUUAUCUUCAUUUUGUAGAGCCACUAAUUCUUCCUUAACAAGCACACAACAUCAAUCAGUUUUUGUGGACAUGGUUAAAGAGGUGUUUGUCUUCAUGGCUGAAGUUGUAUUUGAGGUUGAUGUUGAAGGCUGAUUAAUUAAAGUCUUUCCCCAUGAAAACUGUAAAGUAGCCUAUUGAAUUCAAAGCAGAGUUGUGUUGUUGGAUUACAUGAGAUUUUAUAUGUUGUUUUAUGAGAUAUCUGGUUUGUGACUGUUAGACUGAAGACUCAGAUUGGGUAGUUUAGUGGCUUGAAGGAUGACCGGUUUAAGUGUCAGGUACCCUUAAGCAAAGCGCUGAAUCCCUCCUGAACAUAUAAUCUGUAAUCGGCCCCACAUUUUGUAUCGUGUUAUCCUCUCCAUUGCUGACCUGAGAUUCUGCAUCUACACCCCAGACUGUACUGAUGACACUCAGUAUCUAUGGCAUAUCUCAUCAGGCAGAUACAUAAGCUAAAUGAUCGCUAACCCUGGCAUGAAAUAAACAUUUUCAAAACACAAAGUCAUUAUGCUGCUGUAGGAGAGCUGAAACAACAGGGCCUGAUGGCUGUAAUGGUUCCAACUAAUUUCCCCUCCUGCUUCCUAAGUGUCUGAGGCAGAUCCAUAGAGCCCACAAUGCAUCAUACUGAGGGAAGAAGGAAAGCAACAGCAGGUUAAUUGCUGUGGGAGUUGAGUCUAUUUAGACCCCCACCCCAUUAAUAAAUUAUAGUAUAAACAGCAGUCUUGUCACAGAAGGACUUAUUUGCUUCUAAAUGUCACAAAAAGGUAUUAGUUUGAAUUUAAGUCUGUCUCAUACAGUGUUGUUUUUGGCAGGCAUUUUAGAUUUAGUUUUCGUCUUAGUCAUUUUGACGAAAUGCUUCUUCGUUUUAGUCCCAUUUUAGUCAUUUCUAUCCUUGAUAGUUUUAGUCCGACGAAAACUCCAAAGGUUUUUAGUCUAGUUUUAGUCGACGAAAAGGUGCCUUUUGAGGUUUGUGGUGUUCUUUCCCAACAGUUUGAAGCCGUAGCAUGAGGAAGCUGUGGCUCCACAACUGCUGUCUGUCUCGUCUCCCUGUCCCCGUACAAGACAUUGUGUUUUAUUGUCACUUGGACUGUAUCUGAAGUAGGACCAUAAAUCAUCCCUCUUUUUUUGGCCACCGGGCACCGCUGCUGUGUCUGCCGCCAUGGUGUGUGUUUGUGCGCGCCUCGUCCACCUGCCGCUCUGUGUAUGUGUAUGAGUGUGUGAGCGCAGCUGUGCGCGAGCGAUGCUUUUGGUGCGUGUGUGAUGGGGGCGUGACUGUUAGGACAAAACAAAGCAUGUUUUGAAACUUUGUUUGUCCACCUAAUAACAAUUUAGUCUUGUCUCGUUCUCGUCUGACGAAAAUGAAUACAAUUUUCGUCACAUUUUAGUCUUUACAGAGCUUUGGUGACGUUCGUCUUAGUCUCAUUUUCGUCAAGGAAAAAAGGGGUCUGACGUCGUCAUUUAAGUUUUCGUCCUGCCUGAUGAAAACAACACUGGUCUAAUAAAUGUAGAAAAAAAACUCCUCACUGUAGCUUAAACUAUUAACUGAAACACAACAGAGUAAAAAAAUCUUAAAAUGUUUCAGAUUCAAAAGGAGAAGUUUGUUCAAAAACACAAUAUAAAGAAGCAGCAAAGGAAAUAAGUGACAUUAAAACAAAGACACGGGGCUCUAUUUUCGUGCGCGCCGGUGAAGCGACUGAGGGUGGCGGACCCCGCGCAGUUGUAUUUUCGUCUGGCGGAGCCCGGCGUAUGGCCAGUUUGGUAUUUUCGUGGACUGAGCCGCACGGAGGCGAGCCGAGAUCCGCCAAGCUGGGCGUGGUGGCGUGGCAGGGGGAGGUGUCGACAGAAUCAGCGGGCGCAGUGACAUUUUCGUGCUCGCCACCGGCGUGUAAAGUUUGCUGAAAGCUCACCGAUUCAAACCUGGUCAGCUUUCAGCGCAUGGCGGAGCGCAGCUGGUCUAGUAGUAUUUUGGUAGACCGGCGGCGUAUCGACAUAUGUCACUGAUGCCUCACCGGCAGGUUUCCACAGUGUCAGGCACAUUUCAGAGCAAUAAAUAAUCAACAACUAUUAAUCUGAGUCAGCACAUACAUUUAGAUCUAUAGAUAUAUUCUGAUCUAUAUCUGAUCUGAUGAGCGCGUUUGGCACGCGUUUGGACACACAACCUGACCGAAUCAACACAGCUGAAACCGCAUCAAAUUAAAUUAAAUAUCUAGUAAAUAAACACACAUGAUGAAGUUAACAAGAUAUGUAAUUCGUCUCCCUCCUUUUCUUUCUUCCUCUUCCUCUUAUUUCUCGCACAGCUCGACCUGGACACGUCUCCUCUGUCCGUCUUGCUGCUGCUGCGGCUGAACAGAUGAUUUGUUUCAGUGCUCAGAUGCGUUAUCUACUUUAAGCCUGUAUACGGAUAUUAUAAUAUUCAGUUUUGUGGGCCAAAUUUAUUGUAUAUGCCGACAUCUAUGAAAGAAAGAGCCAGGCCACGGAGCGCGAUGCAUCAUUUACGCACAGAUGGUUCCAAUUUUAAUGCCAUUUUUGGAGUUUAUGUUGUGAUCUGUGCGCUCAACCCACCUUUGUCACGUGAGGUUUGAAUAUAUGCAACUUUAUGUGAGUGUCUUUAUUUGUGGAAAAGGGUGUUUGUCUUACCAGUGGGUCCAACAUUACACACACCAAAUCCAUCUGUGCUUAUAUGAGAGGACGCCCAAUGCAGCGCUUACAGUGACACUUGUUGAGGAGCUGCCCUCUGUCGCCAUCUUGUGGCAUUACUGUCUUAAGACAUCUCUUGAUCUCUUUGACUACUUCAUGAAAAUAGUAAUACGACUCGCCGGUGGCGUAUUUAAAGGCAAGGAGAGGAGCUUAUGUGAUUGGUGAAAACAGGUCUCGGCUGUGUUAAACCCACUCUCCGCCCUAUCUCCUCCCUCGCUACGACUUAAGCUGCUGAGAGGAGCUGAGUUAGGGAGGGGGGAUACUUACGCAGGGCUGUGCGGCUCACCAAAAUACCAAAUUGUGCUUGGGGACGCCUUGUCAGCGCAGCGGAUCUGACUGACGCCGCGCUUGCGGCACGUCUCCGGCGAGGCACGAAAAUAGAGCCCAUGCUGUCAGCCUUUUGUAUCACAGCCCAAAAACCUGGUAUCAGUAUACAAAAAGUUUAUCAUAGUUUGGGACUCUGGGGUGGCCAAUCAGAUAUCAAGAGGGGCCAUGGACAACCCAUGGAUUCACCCCUGAUGCAAAUCUGCGAACUCCAACUUUGAAACUAAAUCUAAUGUGAAGUCUUUUCGUGCAACGUGGUGCCAAAAGUACAUUGAUACUUUCAAUUUUCAUAUUGUUCUUUGUCAGUAGGUGGGGUUACAUAGAGUGUCUGUUGUGUUGAUCAGGAGCUUUCAGAUUUGUCUUGUUUUUAAUUAAACAUAUAUGUCCAAGAACUCUUGUUUCUUACUCCAACCAGUUUCACACCAUGAUGCACAAGAGAUUAGCAGCAAGCAUGCAAAACUUCUGCCAACAGAAUACAGUUUGAGUAUUAGUAUACUUGGCUGUUUGAAGGGGAAAUGCAACACUCCCUGUUUACCAUCAUAAACCCAAUCAGAUUGGCACCCUUUUUCCUGCUUGACAGUUAAUGGGGGUACUUAUUCUGUUUUUCCCACUCUAACCUGAUCAGAAGUAAAAACCGUGUAACUAACCGUCUGUGUUAGCUGUACAGGUAGGGAUGUGUCCAGACUCGGCACCAGCAUAGGCUUAAUGCGGAGGAGUUGGAACAGGCAAGGUUUUCAACUAUACAACUACAGAAGUAUCAAACUGUGAUUGUAUUUUUGGACUUAAACAUAGACCAAUUUGUUUUUCAUGAAUCUUGACUCAGACAAGGCGAACUGCCAAAAACAGAAUUUUGUGUUGGCACCUGGGGUAACCAAACUGAUAUCAAAGGGGGGCAGUGCCACCCCUGGCUAACCCUCUUGAUAUGCCCCUGUGUACAUGCAUGAUUUAGUGUAGUAUCCAUUUUAUUAUGUAACAUUAUGUAGUAAUAAAUAGAAUUACCCCAGAACAAAAUGAGAGAACAUUCCCAGCACACAUUACUCUGUGUAAGAAGGAACCCUUUCAAUGAUCAAUAUAUUCAAAAAUGUUUAAAAUCCACAAGUAAACCUUAAAUCGAGAAAAAGUCCAAAUCUAUCAAUUGUGCUGUGUUUAAGUUUUCCUAAUUGCAUUUUAGUGCAUAGUCACGUAGCUGUCUGGGGUGAUUGAUGCUACAGCUGAUAUUAAACACGAAGUCCAUUCUCUGAAACACAUGGGGGUGUUUACAGCUUUCUGCAGAGGUCCUUUGAAGAGCAUUUGUAUCUUGUAACAUGUUUUAAAUUACACUGCAGCUCCGAGCCCCUCAGCCCGCUGCUGCAGCAACACUAAUACAGAGUGUAACUCUGUAAGAAAAGAUUGCGUUUGUCAGCUUUUAGAGAGCGAUGCAGCCCUGCAUUAUUCGCUUCUCCGGGGGAACAGUGUAAGUCAUCAAUAGAGUCCUGGCAGGUCAUUACAGUGUUCAGUGUGAGGGUGCUGCAGCCAAGCUCUUUCCCAAAAUUUUGCUACUUAAGAAGCUGCUUGUACUAAAAUGAGAAUUUGGGUUUGAGAUAUGAGAUUGAUCUGCAAUACAUUUAAGAUUGACUUAAUGUUUGAUUUCUGAAUUGAUAUUUUGUUUCUUUUUAUUUUCCCACGAUUGAAGGUAGGUGGUGCCCCUAUCAACGAGUGCAUAAAUGUCAUGUUCUAAGAUCAUUAUCAAAUAUUAAUCUUCAGAAUUUAUUAUAAAUUUAAAUCGCUACACUUUUUUCUGUUAGAUUGACUGGCAGAUAAACAGCCCUCCUUUGUCACACUGUUGUUGAUUUGUGAUUUAUUCGACAAUAUUCCUGGUUUUAAGAGGUCGUCAGUGACAUAUGAGUCUAAAUAAACUCCAAACUUCAAACAGCCUGAUCUCAUGCCCACCUACACACAGGACCCGGAGCCAGAAACCUCAGCAGCUGGCAGCAAGGACAAACCUCAUCAACCCACACACAUCACAGUUCUUCAUUAUUUAUCAUGCUCCAGUUUACAAAAACUUUCUUCUGGCGGUCCUUUUUACCAACCAUAGUAUUCAUUUUCUUAAUUUUGACGUAUUACUCGGGUUGUUUUCAUUUACUUGUCAUACUACAACCCUUACCCUCAUCAUCAAAAAGUCCUAAGAACUAAGUGACAGUGAGCAAAUUUAGAGGUGAGGCAGAGGACAGUGAUGCAGUAGAAGAUUAACAAGGGCUGCCUUUAUUGGUGGAAAGUGUUAAACAAAUUUCAGCUAAAGUUUGAAUCCAUUUCAUUUCACCAUUAUUAUGAAACUUUGUGUUGGAAAUGCUGAAGGAUGCCCUGAGACAGAGAAUGAAAAUGAAUUUCUCUUCUACUUGUAAACCAAAUGGUCAGUGUUCAAAAAUCUUGUAUUGCAUCUUACUUCUAUUUUGUGUAAUAUUGUGUCCUGAAAGCAAUCGGUCAAAGAUUUUGAUAGUAUCUGUAGCCUAAACCAACAAUAAAAAAGUCAAACACGAAAAAUUGUGCGUGACUUUUUUGAAGAAUCAGAUGAUUCAUUGUAUGAAGAAAAGUUUAACCUUUUCCCCUGAUUUUAGGUCAAAGCGGGAACAGUUUUAUGUGUUAAUUUUGUAAAUCCCUCUCACUACUUGAUUUACUUAUUAGCUGUUAAAAGCACUCAGUCUUUCUGCAGCACUCACAUCAUAUCAGUACAUACUGUGUUUUUACCAACCUGCUGAAACUGUGCAAUAACCACAUUGCAAUAAUCAAACUGUAUAUUUUAUGUAUAUACUGUUAUUUUUUUUUUAACCUUUGAUAUUGUUCCAUUCAAGCUUUGUAAGUACAUUGUUGUACUCCACUGUCCCUUGUGUUUAAGCAGCUGUAACAUGAGAAUUUCCUCCAGAGGGGAUCAAUAAAGUUGAUCUUAUCUAUCCACUGGAUCCUCUAAAUCGAGCAGCAUUUAAUGGGGGAUUGGACUUGAAUUUAACAAACCUAACUUGUAUUGUCACGAUACUUGGGUCAUGAUAUAGUAUUAUUGCGACUUUAAACAUUUUGCAAUACAAUGAGUAUUGUGAUACAAUAUAUAGCAGUUUAUACAACUUUUUCAACUGUUAAGCUAAUUUAGCAUUUGUCUUUCCUUUUUUUUUGUCUUAUUUACACAGUAUUUUGUUUUCAUGCAGCACCUCUUGCAAACCUUAUGUGUCAGGUCCAUCUUAUUUGUGCCCUGCUUGCAUUCCUAAUGUAUUUCCCCAGGUGCUAUAUUUGUUGCACUAACUUUCUCCUGCUCUAUGAUGUUACCUCUGCCAACCUCACUGAACAAACAGUUGAUUUUAUUUUUCCAUUAUCAUAGAUUUAAGAAUAAGAAGAACUUAUUUAAUUCCAGAAGGGAAAUUCAUUGGUAUGUUGUCUCAUUUGUCAUGUGUCUAAAAGUUAUCCACUAUUUACACAAGAGUUGUACAGUCUGAUGGCUGUGGGUACAAAAGAUAUUCUGAAUCUUCCUGUCCUGCAAAGAAGGGAGAGGAGCCGUCCACCACCAUUGGCCCUUUGGUCCAUCAAGGUGUUGUGAAAAGGGUGAUCCAUGUUCUUGAGAAUAGCCUCCACCUUCCUCAGUGUAGAUCUCUCCACCACAUCCUCCACUGAGUCCAGCUUGGAUGCAACCACAGAGCCAGCCUUUUUCACCAAUUUGCCUGAGACGUCUUCCAUCUUUGAUCAGAUUCGUCUCAGGCAAAAGAGGUGGCUCUGCCCCUUUCUGUAGAUGAAGUCUAUAGUCUUAGACCAGUCCAACUUAUUAUCCAGAUGUACACCUAGGAAUUUAUAUGAGGUCACCACCUCAAUGUCCACUCCACAGGGGUUUGGAUCUAUGGAAGUCUAUGACCAUCUCUUUUUGUCUUUGAGGUGUUGAGGAGAAGAAAGUUUUUGUGACUCCAGUCACUGAAGGCUCUUAUCAGAUCUCUGUAUUCAGCUUCUUGUCCAUUUCUGAUACAUGCCACAAUAGCAGUGUUAUCUGAGUAUUUCUGGAUGUGGCAGGACUCAGUGCUGUAUUUGAAGUCUGACUUAUACAGUGUGAACAGGAAUGGCACCAGCACUGUCCCUUGUGGAGUCCCUGUACUGCUCAUUAAUGUCCCAGAAACACAGUUCCCCAGCCUGAUUAACUGUGGCCUUCCUGUCAGGUAAUCUGUGAUCCAGGAAACACAGACAGGAUCCACUCCCAUCCUGUAAGCUUGUCUUUGAGUAUGGUGGGUUGGAUGGUGUUGAAUGGAUUUGAAAAGUCAAAGAAUAUGAUCCUCACAUAAACCCCAGGUUCCUCCAGAUGAGACGGGCAUGGCGAAGCAUGUAGAGGACAGCAUCAUCUGCAGGGAAUCCAGUUUGUCUUUGACCUCAGACCUCAGAAGGCGUAGAAUCAGCCACUCCAGGGUUUUCAUGAUGUGUGAAGUGAGGGCCACUGGUCUGUAGUCAUUGAGUUCAGCAGGACAUUUUGUUUUUUGGUACUGGCACAAUGCAGGAUGUUUUCCACAGAGUAGGUACCUGCCCCAGCUGUGGACUCAGGUUGAAGAUCCUGUGGAGAGGUUGACACAGUUCUGCAGCACAGUCUGUAAGCAGCCUUGGACACACACCAUCUGGACCAGCCGCCUUCCCAGGACAAAGUUUUCCAAGCUCCAUCCUCACCCCUGUUUCUGUGACAGACAGGGACUGGUGUUCUAGGAGGGAGGCAGCUGAAGUGGUUGAGACAUUUGAACGAGAUGGAGGAGGAACAGGAGAAGUUGUACUGGAGAUUUGUUGCGGAGAGGAAGGUGGAGUAGCAGUUUCCAGCAGCACAUUCCAGUCUGUUGAUUUAAAACAGUCCCUUAGAGCUUCACUGGCUUAAGGGGUCCAUCUGCUGAUUUUGACUUUGGUCACAGGCUGCCUCGGUACACAAGGUCUGUAACAGGUUUGCAGAUAGACUAAGUCAUGAUCUGACUUGCCCAGUGGUGGUAAGGCAGUGGCUCUGUAGGCUUCUUUGACGUUGGCAUACAGCAGAUCCAGGGUUUUGUUUUCUCUGGUAGGAUAGUUCACAAGCUGUGUGAAUCCAGUCAGGUGAGAGGAGAGGUUGGUUGAAGGUUGAAGUCUCCUGAUAUUAUUAUUAGUGCCUCCAGGUGUUGAGUCUGUAUCCUGGCAACACUUUUAUGCUAAACAUGCAUGGAAUUUCUUCAGUUGAUUUGGGUGGAAUGUAAACAACUAUUGUUAUGAUAUGACUGAAUUCUCUUGGAACAUAAUAUGGCUGAAGAGCAACUGCCAACAGUUCAAUAUCUGGACAGCACAAGUUCUCCUUGACAGUUACGUGUGAAGGGUACACCAUCUUGACAAAUAAAGCCAGACCAUCUCCCUGACCUUAUGAGAGUGAAGCCAGGUAGAUCCACACUGGAGUCCGAGUUGUUUUGAUUUAGCCAGGUUUCAGUAAAACACGGGAGACUGCACUUACGGUAUGCUUUCUCAGUCUUCACCAAUAACUCCCAUGAUUUCCCAUGAUGAUUGAUGGAAGAAAUGGUUUAUAUCACCACCUCCUAGUAUUUUGACUUCAUAUUAACAAUUGAUGAAAAAAAUCAGUACUUUGCCAAUGAGACGAUACAAUAUAUCACCAGACAAAAUAUUGCAAUACUAUGCUGUACCAAUUUUUUCUCCCACCCCUACUAACUUCUGUGUUGAUCUCAAAGAACAGAUUAAUAGUUCUCUUUUGUACUAGAAACAGGAUUGCAAAUAAGCCUUUUCUCAAUUUUCAAGGUCAGCCAGUUUCUAGUGAAACUUCUCAUCUGUUUGAAUUUAUCACAUACUGUACGAGCCUAUGAAUUCUGUAGACAUCCUCAUUACUGUUCACAGUUUAUUUCUGGCUAGACAUCGGAGACCUGACAGAGAUGUCUGUAAAAUCAAAUAAUAUCCUCGCAUCAAUGCUGCGCAGUUUAAUAUUCUCUCAAAUCUCAUGACUUGAAACUUUAUUAACACUGCAGUUAUUAAGCUGCCUGGAAGAAAACAGUCUCCCAGUAAUGCUGCGAUCCACUUUGCUGCAUGAUGUUCAUGAAUAAAAAACUCUUGCAACCAAAUCAGCAAACUCUAAAAUGCACCAGUCUCUUUUUCUGUGAAAACCCAUGUGAACCAAAGAACAAACAUUAUAAAACAAGAAAAAUGAAAACAAAGUUUGAGAUGAUUUCAUCACUCUCCUUUUUUAUUGUUUCAGUUAUUCAGUGGACACAGGUAAGAAUGACUUCCUGUGACACUCUAGUUCACAUACUUAGUCUAUUAAUUCCUGACAUGAAACAUACUCAUAUUUUGCAUGCACAAAAACAAAGGUUGAACAGAUUGCUACAGAGAAAAUGGUAAGUCUUGUCCUUUAGCAUACAACCUUGGGUUUGUGUCCAUCUUGGGGCCCCCUGGGGGCAGGGGGCGCCAAAAUGGACAUAGAUAAAUAAAUAAAUUAACUAAAUAAAAUUAACAAAAUGUCAAAUAUCUGGAGCUAAAAGUCUAAACUGGAGCUUUAAAGUAGUUGUAAUCAGCAGUGUUGAAUAUGCAGCAGUGUGAUGCAUCAUACAGAUUGAUACAGCUUAAUUACUCUGAAAACAUAAUAUAUGAUAGUGAAACACUAUGUUUCAUACUUGUUCAUGCACAUUGUUAAAUGAGACAAAAAGCGUCACAAACACAACUAAGGGUUUAAUAACUAAUAGCCAAUCAGAAUCAAUAAUAAUGAACUAAUCCAACCUCUAUAUUUUAUUUCAGAGCACCACCCUGCCUUUAGCUUCCCUCAAGCCCUUCGCUUUAUCUUCAUGUCAUAAUGGCCACCAGUCCAACUGACGCCGCAGCUGCCCAACCAUCAAGCAACAUGGAGGAGUCCCAGCAGCCAAUCAACAUGCAGCAGAAUGGAGAUGCUGUCACUUCCCAACCAGUCAGUGCGGAGCAACAAACCCCGUCCCUGACAAUCAAUGCUCCUGAUGGCAGUCAAACUGCUGAAAUGGACCAUCUUACAGUGAUCAAUGACAACACGGAGACCAGUAAAUAGACCAGUUCUGAACAUAUGCAUGACACUCCAUGGACACUAUCCAUCACUCCAUUUUGUACUUUUACUUCACUGGGGUUGUUCCACUAUCUUGCAAUAUUUCAACCUGUAGUCCACUGCCUUUUAGAGUCAAUUUUUGCACUUUUUACUUCACAACUUUUACCUGAAAACUAACAUUGGUUAAUUCAUCACCAGCCUGUAAAUGUAAUACUCUUGUCAGAUUAAGUCACAGUAAAGACAUGAAAUUAAUGCUGCUCUUUCAUACCAUAUUGAGGCAUAUUGUUAGUGUAAACAUGUAAGACUUUAAGGAUACCAAAGGUUUGAUAACGAUUUUAAUAAUAAAAUGUGGCUGCCAAAAACAGAACAGCUGCCUUUGUGUCUUCCCACAAUUUCAUCAAAUCUGAUGUCAACCCCAGCUAUAUGUGAAUCUCAGCUUUGAAUUUCUCACUAAAGUCCACCUUCUCCUCCAGGUAACGGCAUCGGUCCUGUGAGGGUUGAUUCAUCUCCCACAGUGUCCUCUGUGUCGCCCAAACUGCAUGCUAAGCCUGGUGGACAUGCCAAUGGAAGGCCUGGUUUGGGCAGCCGGUCCGGCUCGGUGGCGAUGGGUUCACCUAGGCCCUCCCUCACCCGCCAGCCCAGUGCAAUCACAGAGGCCACUGUGGACGGGUCUAAGCCAAGGGACUACCUGCUCUUGGCCAUCCUGUCCUGCUUCUGCCCACUGUGGCCCAUCAACAUCGUAGCCCUCACCUUUUCAGUGAUGGUAUGACUUUAAACUUUUCAUCUCAUAAUAAUAAUAAUAUAAUAAUGCAUCAGAUUUCAUAUAGCGCUUUAUCAGAGAGCCUCAAAGCGCUUACAUUGGAUACAUCAUUCAUUCGCUCACACAGUCACAAUUUGGUGGUGGUUAACUACCUUUGUAGUCACAGCUGCCCUGGGGCAGACUGACGGAAACAUGGCUGCCAUUUUGCACCUACGGCCUUUCCGACCACCACCAUACAACACUCACAGUCAUACACCAGUGGAGGACACACACUGGGAGCAAGGUGGGUUAAGUGUCUUGCCCAAGGACACAACAGAUAGACUUGGGAUAGGGGGGAAUCGAACCGCCAACCUUCCAGUUAUUGGACGACUGCUCUACCUCCUGAGCUACUGCCACCCUCAUCUCAUACACUAUUGCUACUAGAAAUACAGACAGAAAUGAGCAAAACCACACAUUUCAACUCACAAAGUUUAUUUGGAGUUAAAGCAUUUAUUAGCCAAAAACAAAAGGAAGCUGAGUUUGGAUCAUGAUACCAACUUAGUCUUUUAUGCUGUUUUUUAACCCUGUUCAGUCUCGAAACAGUCUUCAGCAGGGAAAUGUUGAUGGGGCUCGACGUCUGGGCCGAAAUGCUAUGGUUCUGUCCAUUGUCUCCAUCUUAGGAGGGAUUGCAAUCAUUACUGCCGCCAUCGUCUUCAACUGGGGCUGUAAGUAACAUGCAACCAAUCUACAGUUUUAGCCAGUAUAACUUCUGCACCUUUAAAGCCUUACAAAUCAGAGUUUCUGUAAAAGGAAAAGUUUCACCUUCCGAAAAAAAGUUAGGUAAAAAAGUUUAAGGAGUGACACAGAAAACAGGUGAGUGUUUAUGGUAUGGAGCUGUGACGCAACAGCUGCUCAAUCUGAUAAAUGAGUUCUUUUUGACUGUAUUGUUGCUGGCCAGUGGUUCAAACAUCAUAGUAGGCAAUUGUGUUUGGCUGCUUAUUCAACAAACUUAAGGCUGUGAUAUUGAAAAACAAUUAGCGAUUUUUUUUUUGUGGCAAUAAACAGUUUCUGGUUAAGAGUAAAAUAGUCUUUGCAACUCCAGAAAUCUGAGUCCUCCUUAUAGUUAUUUCAAAAAUGUAAGCAGGUACACGGUCAUAGCCCAUCGUCAACAUCAUCUUGAAAAAACAGAAACUGUUGUGUACCUGGAAACAGAUACUCAAAGUACCUUAGCAAUAUUGAGAUGUGCCUUCAAACUACUAUUGGAGGAUGCCUUGAAACAGACACUUCAGGAUACCAAGUAUAAGGUACUAAAAGUACCUGGAUACAGAUGUUAGUGGUAUCGUUUGUGCAAAGGGUUGCCAGAAACAGAUGCUAAAGUGGUUCAGGAUAAGACUGAAAAGUUAACUCAAUAUACUUAGAAUAUACAUGAGAUUGCAGAUUGCUUCCAGAUACUGAGGGUACCUGGGAACAGAUGCAAGUCUUGAAAGUGAUGCAAAGGGUUACUGAAAAAUAGACCCCAUGGCAAGUGAAAAAGGCAAUAACUACCUGGAUGACUACCUAUCUGUUAGUUAGUAUUUUCCUAGAAAAGUACACUUAUCGGAGUAUUUGAGUCCAAAAAGCUGAAUUUCUGUGUCAUUUUAUUUCUGUCUACAGUGAUAUUAAAAUCCUGAUUGAAAUAGGCCUGAAUGGUGAGACCUAUUUCCAUGCCAACAUCUGACUGACACGACACCCCUUCCUCCAAUUGCUGAAGCACUAUCCUUCUCAAGCGCCUGCACCAGAUGAAAAAAAAUGUACUUGUAUUCUGCUGUUGUUUUUGCUGCACGAUGAGCAUGGUCUGCCUGAUGCUCUACCUCCAACACGACCCAACAAGCAACCCAUACCUGAACCCAGGCCUGAUCUGGAAAUGGAUCAAGAAAAGAGGAUGGAUCCUGAGAUGCUCAUUUCAUUCUGUGGAGCUGCUUUUCUCCUCCUCAGACUAUUUUCUCUCAUCAAUACACAAAUAGGUGUGCUGUCAUGGGAAUUGACAUCUGUCUCUAUGGAAACUGGAUAAUUCUGACCUCUUGAUGACGCCGCAAGCCCAGCGAUGAGCAAACUGUGGGGUGUUUUUUUUUUUGUUGUUGUUUUUUUUUUGGACUUUUUGAUGCCAAAAAAUUAAAAACCUUCGCUGAACUGAUGCUGAAGGUUGUUGCUGCAGCUGUGAUUGCUCAUCGUGAACAAAAGAGGAAACUUUCAGUCUCUUAAGACUGUAAGAGAUGGAUACAGAAAUAGAAUGGAGCCAUUUUGGGGAGAGUGGUGGAUUGUUUCAUCCUUCAUUUGUUCCUUUGGUAUUUGUGGAGCACACUCUCACACACAUAUGUAUAAAUUACUUCGAGUAUGCUUCUUUUUGUCUAAACUCACUCUGUGUAUCCCUGUUCACCCUUACUGAUACAGUACAGUGGAUGACUAUCAAAGGCAGAUCACAUAUUAAAGAAAUGACAAAGGAUAAACCUGAGAUAUUCCACAGAUUACUUUAUUCAACAAAUGCCUCUUUGCAGAAAACAUAAACCAAAACAUAAACAUAUUAGCUGAUUAAUUAAAUAUUUUGGGCUUCCUCUUUGGGGCUCCAACACUGUACCAAACCAUAUCCUGGACAAAUUCAGAGGCAUUAAAUACUUUAUAUCAAACAUAUGAGCUUGAAGCUAUGUACAGAGGUGGGAACUUCCAAACCUAGAUUCACAAUAAUUAGUAAAUUAUAGUUUGUCACAUUCCUGCAUAUUUUUCCAAACCUUCUGGUUGGGGGUGGCAUGCACUACAUAACAGAUAGAAACAUUACAACCCUCUCCAUCCUGUUGGGGUCCUAGUCUCUAUAGAAACACAAAUCUGAUCUUUUGUCAAAACAACAUUGCACCCCUUUACUUGUUUUUCAGAAAGGUUUCAGACUAACACAUCCUUUACCCUGGUGCUGAUUUCAGCAAUAAGAAGAGUUAACCUUUGUUUUGCUGAAUGAAACUGGUUUGCUGAAAUAAUAAGUCAAUUUAUAAAAAUCCCAAAUUAACAUGUUCUUAUUCCAGCUGCAUUCAUACCCAAAGGGACUAAAGCAAGGUAACAAGCAAAUAUCACAUCCACCUCUUGAUCCCAUUACAAAAUGAACAUGCCAUCAGACCUGUUAGACUCAAGGCAUGGUGUUGGUUUCCAGGGUCAUGUGAAGCAGCAAAAUAGGGCCAAUGUGUAAUGCCUGGUUCACACAGGAAGUGCCGCGCGCGGAACGGAAGCACCGUGCGCGCGCGCAGCGCCGGCUCGCGCUUGGCUGUUCACACAGAAAGCGUUUUCUGCUGCGCUCUGACAGGCUGGUCAGACAUCGACUGAGCCCGGCAGUGCUUGGCCGUUUCAGUCUGCCCUCAGUUUUCCACACUUACGAGCGUUUUAAAAAUGGGUAAAUCAAUAUUUAUUUACGUUUUUAUUUCGUCAUACAUAAAUUAAAUAUUGGCAGCAUCAAGUAUUGUUUUAAAUUAUUAUAUAGGGGUAAACGACGAAUAAAUUGGGGAUUCUGUGUAUAGCCUUGUUAGCUCGAGGCUACUGACUGUAUCGUAAUAAAGUCCCCCUCCUUUGUCUCAAUAAAAUCACUGAAUCUCUGCAGCUCUCCCUUCGUGUGUGUGUGUGUGUUUGUGUGUGUGUGUGUGUGUGUGUGUGUGUGUGUGUGUGUGUGUGUGUGUGUGUGUGUGUGUUCAUUGGUAAAAAAAUAGACCGACAAGCAACACCGUAAAUCCUUUUCUAAUUUAUUGAAAUUUACUUUAUUUUGAAAAUUGACCGAAUUCUCUCGCAUCUCCUUCCUGACUUCCUGUCUGGUCCGAUCUGCUCUGUUGAACUUUACAUUGGCGCGCGCGGCUCGCGCCAAAAAUAGAGAGAAGCGGAGCAGCCGCGCUCCAGAGCGCGAGUUGUUCCGCGCGCGAGCUGUGUGAACAGUCUCAUAGGUUAACAUGGGCACCGAUCUGAAACUCUGUGCACGGCGCUUCCGUUCCGCGCGCGGCGCUUCCAGUGUGAACCAGGCGUAAGUACAAAAAAAACUGCCUUUCUAUAAGUGUCCGCUGGGGGCUGACUCCAAAAACCAAGGAAACUCCAUUAGAACCCAUUUUAAAAUGCUAAUUUAAGAAGAGGACUUUGACACAUUUAUAAACUGGUACACUAUACCUCAGUUUAUUUGUCUAAUUAGUGUGUAUGGCUGAAUAUUGUUAAGUCUCAGCAUUGUAAACUAUUUAGAAGUCAUGUGUAUUUAAGUGUAAUUACAGGUGUAUUUGAUUUAAAUGACAGUUGAAUUUGUUGUAGCUAUGGCCUCAACUCCUCCUUCAUUUCUGGUUUUACCUAAAUUUAGUUAGAGUGGUCAACAGCACUUCAGAACCAAUGAGUGACAUCCUUAAGACUAAGGGGUCUAUUUUCGUGUCCGCCGGUGAGGUGGCGGAGGGUGGCGGACCCCGCGCAGUUGUAUUUUCGUCUGGCGGAGCCCGGCGUACAGCCAGUUUGGUAUUUUCGUGAACUGAGGCGCACCGAGAUCCGCCAAGCUGGGCGUGGUGGCAUGGCAGGGGGAGGUGUGGACAGAAUCAGCGGGUGCAGUGACAUUUUCGUGCUCGCCACCGGCGUAUAAAGUGCGCUGAAAGCUCGCCGAUUCAAACCUGGUCAGCUUUCAGUGCAGGCGGAGUGCAGCUGGUCUAGUGGUAUUUUGGUAGACCAGCGGCGUAUCGGCAUACGUCACUGAUGCCUCACUGGCAGGUUUCCACAGUGUCAGGCACAAUUCAGUGCAAUAAAUAAUCAUCAACAACUAAUAUUCUGAGUCAGCACAAGCAUUUAGAUCUAUAUAGAUAUAUUCUGAUCUAUAUCUGAUCUGAUGAGCGUGUUUGGCACGCGUUUGGACACACAACCUGACCAAAUCAACACAGCUGAAACCGUAUUAAAUUAAAUUAAAUUUCUAGUAAAUAGACACACAUGAUGAAGUGAACAAGAUAUUUAAUUUGUCUCCGUCCUUUUCUUUCUUCCUCUUCCUCUUAUUUCUCGUGCAGCUCGACCUGGACGUGUCUCCAUGUCCUCUCCCCGUCCUGCUGCAGCUGCUGCUGCGGUGGCUGAACAGAUGAUUUGUUUCAGUGAUCAGAUGAGUUAUCUACUUUAAACCUACACGAAUAUUAUAAUAUUCAGUUUUUAAGACCAAAUUUAUUUUACAUGCCAACAUCUAUGAAAGAAAGAGCCAGGCUACAGAGCGUGAUGCAUCAUUUACGCACAGAUGGCUCCGAUUUUAUUGCCAUUUUUGGAAUUUAUAAUGUGAUCUCUGCGCACAACCCACCUUUGUCACUUGAGGUUUGGAUAUGUGCAACUUUAUGUGAGUGUCUUUAUUUGUGGAAAGGGUGUUUGUCUUACUAGUGGGUCCAAACUUACAAACACUAAAUCCAUCUGUGCUCAUAUGAGAGAGUGAGGAGGAUGUUCUCUGCAGCGUUUACAGCGACAUUUGUUGAGGAGCUGCCUUCUGUCGCCAUCGUGUGGCAUUACUGUCUUCAGACAUCUCUUGAUCUCUUUGACUACUUCACGAAAAUAGUAAUACGCCUCGCCGGUGGCGGAUUUAAAGGCGAGGAGAGGAGCUGAUGUUAUUGGUCAAUACAGGUCUCGGCUGUGUUAAACCCACUCCACGCCCUCUCUCCUCCCUCCCUACGAUUUACGCCACUGGGAGGAGCUGAGUUAGGGAGGGGGGAUACUUACGCCAGGCUGCGCCGCUCACCAAAAUACCAAAUUGUGCUUGGGAGCGCCUUGUUGGCACGGCGGACCUGACUUACGCCGCGCAUGCGCCGCGUUGCCGGGGAGGCACGAAAAUAGAGCCCCAGAUCUACAUUUUAUACAGUCUAUGGGCUGACUUAGAAUAUCUUCAAUUAAACAUAAUUUCUUGUAUCCUUUACAAUAUCCUAUGUCACAAUUCUUUGGCUGGAAUAUUCAGAUUAAGACAACUUUAUUUAUCCCCUAAGGGCAAUUCUGUUCGCAGUUACCCUGCCGUUUGAUCCAUACAAACACACAAACCAGCAGAAAAACAAAUAAAUGAAUAUAAAAUAAUUAAGUCUAUUAGUGGAGUUAAGCACAGACAAUAGACAAAUGGGUUUUUUGUCAUUUGGAACAUUUGCGAUUUGUAUACUCAAUGCAGCACUCCAUCAUCUUAAAUCUAUUUUAUCCUCAUCUAUAAACCAGUAAUUCUAUUCUAAUCUAAUUCACUCUGGUCUCCUCAGCUGCAGCAUUUAGCCAGUGAGUGUUCGUGGGAAAGUGAGGUUGUGGGACAUACUGUUGAGACAAGCCUCUGUCGGUCAAAUAGGUGACCUUAAAACUUCUUUGGCGUUGGUCCAGAGCUUGUGGGACGUUGUGUUUGUUAGUGCUGUUUGAAGAGAACCAUUACAGCUUGUUCUACUGUUUAGUUUAAGUUCUAAUGUCCACAGUCUAGUCCUAUUGGUGAUUAUUUCCUCCCCCUGCUCUUGACAUAUAUUAAGUUUAGAGCUAAAUAUGUACUUGGGCUCUCUGAGGGAAAGCUGGAGUAGUGUGUGUGACCAGAGGCUUGAAGUGCUCAGCUGUGGUUGUUGGGAUUCCUAUAAGUGCAUCUCUUUGCCUGUAACUGAUUCCAGAUGAGUCCCACUGAUUCAGACCUACUUAAUUAUUCUGACUGACCACAGUAUGUGCAGGAUUUUCUGCUUAAUGGAUAUGGAGUGAUCGGCAGUCAGAUGCUGCCCCCUGUGAUUGCCAGGCCCUCUAUUAAUUUAGGUGAUUAUGGUUAGGUUUCGACCACAGACUGGCACUCACUCUGACUGUUCCUGUGCACAAGAAUGGACUUUGACAAUGAACAGAUCAGUAAUGUGCCUUGGACUCUUGUCUAGCUUUUCAUUUUAGGCUUUAAAACAUUUCUUGCAUAAGUCUGAUCACUUAAUGUUUAGAAAACAAUCAUUUCUUUUCCGGUGAUGAGGUGAUUCCUCAUCAUUAUAAAAUGCUCACCUGGACCUGGACCUGAACUAAUCUGUAACUUGGAAUAAAGACAAACACUAUUUUGCUCUAUUUCUUAGUCUGGAAAUAACUUUAAUGCCAUAUCAUGCAAAAAUACAAGCGUGCAGUAAUUUUUUGCAAGUAACUGGUUCAUAGUGGAGGUCAUUUGGUUCUUAACACUGGUUGCCACCACAGACUGUCUAAUAAAUACACAUAACAUUGGUGACCGUCACCUACUUGUUUGUGAUGCCAAGUUUUGAAGCAUAUUGGUGGCGGUUACCAUGUUGGUUAUGCUUACUCAACCCAACUUCCAGUCAACCUACCACACAAAUAGCCCACCUGUGAGUCAAAUCAGCUCUGACUCUGAAACAAACCAAAACUUUAUUCUGAACCAGGCUGUUAACAUGUUUAUUUCUUCUCUAAAAAAUGUUUUCAUGGCUUAAUGUGUAUGUGAUUCACUGUAGUCAACCUCCAGUGGAUUCUGGAGGUUGCUGCUUAGUUGCCACCCGGCAUAAAAUAAAAUGGAAGACAAAUAAGAAGCAGCAGCUUCUAGCAUGCUUGCUUUAGUAGCACUUCAAAAGAUGGGCGAAUACUUUUAACAUUAAUAUUUUCUAGCAGUCCUUGUAGCUGUUUACAAACAUUGAUAAUUUACCAUCAAUGGGUAAAUAUAGUGCACAAUUAAAUAUGAUAAAGGGGACAGUGGAAAUGUGAAAAUAAAAGCCUCACAAUACUUUUAUGAGGCAGUUCCUUCCUGAAAGAAGUUUCUGUCUCAAGAUAAGAUCCAUGGAUGAAAACAUAACUUUGUUCAAACUCAGAAAUGGAUGAUAUCAUGUAUGCCCUAAUUUAUGAAGUUUCUCCUUUUAUCAUGCCUUUGCUUUUUCUUUUGACUGAAAAUGUUUGGGUUAACCAGGAUAUUUUCUAAACCUGCUUAAAUUGUGAUGUGCAGUUGAAAUGGAGCUUCAGUUUUGGCAGCAUCAGUAUUGAAGGAAUUCAUCAGUCUUGAGCUAAUAUAAAGGUCUGUUUCGAUAGUUCAAUUUUAUAUUACUUCAUCCACAGUAAACAAUGACUGAAGCAUGGCAGAAUUUGGAGGAUCCUUUGGCAUUUGGUGGUUGAAAACAAUGUUUUUUGUUCUUAAAGGGACUAUGUUUUUAACAGAUCCUAGGGCAUUUUGUGAUAUAAAACAAAGGCUUAAAAAUUCUCUGAAACAAGCUCAGUUCGAUUGGUGCAGCAUAUGCUGUAGUUAUUAGGAUUUACCUACUCCUUAAGGAUCAUAAAUAAUCAUUUAAACAGCAGUAAAUAAAGUCCUCACACCCCUAUCUUCUUGGCUUUGUCUGAGCUCUGGGACCCUCAGUGUGAUGCUGUGCCAAACCCCUGAGUGUGUGCCAACCUGCACAGGAAGCACCCUCUAAUUUCUGUUAACCUGUCUUAUAUGUGUGUGUGUGAGCACAUACUCCAGGUAGAUUAACAAUGUUAGGGGAACUCUGAGGAAAUAAGCUGAUAUUAUGGAACAAUUUCAGCCCUUCAUUUACUCUGACCUGUGCAUGUUUACAGUAUUUAUUACAGGAUGCUUUUACAUGACUGUAGCCUCAUCUAGCAAGAAAGCUAACUGAGUAGCACUUUGUAUAUAAGUAAUUUGGGACAUCGUAAUAGCUAGACCCAGAUAAGAUAUUCCCCUUUUUGCAAAGCCUGACCUACAAUUUCCAAGAACUGUUUUAUUUUUUUUUAUUAUUUAUUUUAAAAAAAGAGGCUGUUAAAAGGAAGCAAAGCUUAAUGUUUAGACACACUUGAACUUGAACUUAGUCAGUUGGUCUUUUUCACAGAGAGCAAAGGUCAGGUGAGGUCAGGCUUAGAGGUGGAAGGUGGGGGCCGGGCAGAGGGUCCUGCUCACACCUUACUAACACCCACUCCUGUACUGUAUGUAGCAUGCCUAUUCACUAUUCACAUUAUGCAAAGGAAAAAAAGGUCUCAGCUUGAUGUCAGUAUGAAUGCUAGCUUCCUUGAACUUUGCUCUGGUUGUGUACUUGUACAAGGUUUUGUAUGAAACUUGCUUGUGCUACCUCUCAAAGUUGCCUACAGUGUUUUAUCAACAGCACCUCACAUUGUUUCACUUUGAUGAUUUUAACUGACUGUUAAAUUUUGUGCUUAUGUUUGUUUCUAUUGUGGCGAUUUUAACUACUUGCAUUGUUAUUGUUUAUACUAAUUUGCAGGAAUUAAUAUGAACACAGUCCAACAUCUAUACAGUUAAUCAUCUUUAACACAACUGGCAAAACUUCUGUAAAUAAAAUAACUCCUACGGUACCAACGUAUAUACUUGUACUUAAAGCAGAAAACUGCCGAGAAAAAGUUGUCUUACACAGAGAAAUCUAAGUUCUGAGGAAGAUUUUUGGCAUCGGUUAGCAAACAUUCAGACAGAUCCUUGUGUCUGUUGCUUAAUGAAAUAAGGAAUGUAGACCAAAGUGCAAAAUACGUCUGACAGGUCCAUUUAAAACUCAAACUAACGUUCCAAAAAAAGAAAACAUGUUUUAAAAGUCUGUAGAUCUGUGUCUUUAGAUUAUCACAAUACAUGUAAGCUUGCCUCUCAGAAGCAUCUCACUACCAAGAGUGAACAGAGACAGCCACUGCUGUUCUGAGCCACAGAAACAGCAUUAGCCUAGCACACACUGAUGAAGUAUGUUGAAAUUCUUUCAUGUGAACUGAAAAACAAUCCAACAUACAGGAAAACAAAGCUUUUUACUCUAAACAGUACACUUUAUUCAUCUGGCUAAUGUAGGCAGCAGAAAUAACCAAGCUAAAGUCAGUUGUCACUCACCUGACUGUGAAGUUCAAAAUUGUGUUAUAUAGGGAGAGUAAAAAUGUUUGGAGUAUAAACUUGUUAGAUGAAUUUAAGAUAUGACUUCCUGACAGUAACUUCGACAUUAGUCAGUAUAAAGCAUAGUGUGGGUUAAUAUUAGAAUGAAUGGGAACAUUUAGGUGAGUAGGAUGAGUUUGUGCAGUUAUGACACAAACAAAAAGCAGCUUCCCCUUUUCAGAAAUUUGUGUACAACCCUCAAAGUUAGUUGAAGUUUAAAAAAGAGAGUAGUGAAAUAUAAAAGUUAUUAAAAAAUGGAAGUAGUUCUUUGCUUCGAAGGCUCCUCCAAUGAUUGUGUAGAAAUAGUCUGCAUAGAUGUCGGCCAAGUAAACUCAUAUAGAAUUAUUUUUGUAUAGUGCCUUAAAGGGAUUUAAAAACCAGCCCACCCUAAAAGAAAAGUGAAGAUACUAGACUUAAUCAUAAGGUGCCUUCAUGGAGAAACAUUUAAAAAAAACUUUUUUAAUUAUUAAUCAUUAAAUUGUGAUACAGGAAUAAGGAAGUUUGAUUGUAUUUGAUUUUAGACAGAAAAAGAUAAAUAUUCUUGUCUUUGACUAUCCCUAAAUUAUUAAACUGUGCCAUUGAACAACUCCUGUGAACUAAAUAUUGUACUUUUUGAUCUCUGAGAUGGGCUGGUGGACUUUUGAAAAACCAUAAGCAGAGUUAAAGAGGGUUUUACCAAUCAAAUAGAGUUAAAAGUAAAAAAGGUCAGAUUUAUCAUUGAUAUCCAAAAAUCCAAUUUUGGGUGAUGGUAUGUUCAUGGUCAGAAAAAUAUACGUUCAUCGAAUGUUUUAAUGGAAAAAUGCAGAAAAGUCUUCCACAGAACUUUUCAUUUCAAAUGCAUACAUACUUCUGUAGAUAGAUACUGUACUUCAUCAUUAAUUUUACAUUUACAUUUAAGUGGCACCUACCAAAUCCUCAUGUUUCUUGUCGUUGUAUUUUCAUGUCAAUUCUUUUCACUUUUACCUUGUUUUCUUGGUAAAUGUUCCUUUGACACUUGAUUACCACGUCUUUGUAUUUUUUAUAUCUUUAUUCCUGUUCUCUGGAUCUCUUUUGUAUGAUAAACUACUGUUUGUGACGCUCUGUGUUAGCUGCUUUCUGCCCGCUUUUUUAAAUGGUAAGGCUUCGGGAGGGACGCUGUUAGCAUGAAUAGACUUCAUUAUGUCUUUCUCUAUAUAUUGAUUGCUAUCUCCUGACACUGGACUCUUUUUGUGCCUGUGCAUGCCUUAAAAUGAAUGCUUCAUGAAGCAUCCAGAAUGAGUAUGAGUGUACACAAUACAUAUAUCAGACACUAUUGAGCUUGACAACUGAUAUAAAGUACUUAAACAUGUUUGAAGGGAAUAAAUCACAGUUCAAUAAAACUUCUUCUGAGUCUGUAG